AUGUCACAACAACAAGAAUCAGUCACCUCUUCUUCCUCACAAGAUGAUACCACUCCACCUUCUACCUCUUCACUACCCAGUAAUCAACAAUACAAUCGACGGCCACGAAUGGAACCACAAAUCUCUCCCCAAGAAAAGCAACAUGCCAUUCAACUAUUAGCUCAGAAGAUUCAAAGCAUUUCCGAACCUAGCAUCAUUGUUCUGGCAGGCUCAGGUCUUUCGGUAGCUAGUGGAAUACCGGAUUUUCGUUCACCUGGAAUUGGCAUCUUUGUGAAUGGAAGUCUCGACAAGUACAAUCUUCCAGAUCCUACUGCCAUCUUUGAGAAGAAUUAUUUCAUGGAAAAUCCAAAACCAUUCUAUGAGUUACGUCGAGAAAUGUUCAUGAAAGAAUACAUGCCCACAAAAAGUCAUUACUUUUUGAAAUUAUUACAAGAUAAAAACAAAUUGAUGAGAUUAUUCACUCAGAAUAUUGAUGGAUUGGAAAGAAAGUGUGGAAUCUCGAAAGAUCUUGUUGUACAUUGUCAUGGUACUUUUGAAACUUAUCAUUGUGUGAAAUGUAAGAAGGAAUAUUCAAGAAAGGAGGUGAAUGAAAAAUUGAUGACAACCACUGAACAAGACACCGUUCCAGUUCCAUUCUGUGACGCAUGUGGACAAGUCCUUAAACCAGAUAUUGUCAUGUACGGCGAAGACCUACCUGAAGAAUUUGGAAAGUGUGUCUUUAGUGAUUUGAAAAAACACAAAAACUGUCAACUAUUCAUGGUCAUUGGAACUAGUUUACAGGUGUAUCCAGUUGCCUUAAUUCCCAAUUAUGCACCUCAAGGAACCAUGAGAGUACUCAUUAAUCGAGAGCGAUGUGGUGCCUUUUAUAACAUGCAAUCGGCAGUGAGAGAAAUGGAUGGAGUGAAAAAUCAUCAUUUGGAUUUGUAUUUGGGAGGACAAGAAGACACGAUUGAUUCCUAUAUUGAACAAUUAGUGAAAGAAUUGGGAUGGGAGGAGGAAUUGCAACAACUCGUUGAGCAGGGUCCUCCCACUGAACUUUGA